AUGAGAUGGGGCCCACGGGCGAGCUCCCUCCUCUGGACCAGCCCCCGCCGGGGAGCUGGUCUCUGCCCCACCAGCUGAGCUCUGCCCCAUGCCCAGGUGUGGCCGGGACACAGAGGAUGAGCGGCGGCUGCUGGGCCUGGAGCUGGACAAGGCGGCAGGGUCCCUGCUGCUGGCCUUCCCCCCGUGCGUGGCCAGGGUGCCCGUGGCCCGUUGCCAGCAGCACUCGGGCUGCAUGAAGAACUGCCUUGGGAGCCGGGAUCCGUACUGUGGCUGGACGCCCGAGGGCUCCUGCGUCUUCCUGGAGCCCAGCCCCAGGACAGCUUUCGAGCAGGACAUUGCCGGUGGCAGCACAUCGCACCUGGGCGAGUGCGAGGGGCUGGUGACGGAGAGCUUCGUGGACGAGCCGGACGGGCUGGUGUCGGUGAACCUGCUGGUGAUCUCCUCCGUGGCCGCCUUCGUCAUCGGCGCCGUCAUCUCGGGCUUCAGCGUCUGCUGGUUCAUCGGGCACCGGGACCGCAAGGAGCUGGCGCGGCGCAAGGACAAGGAGACCAUCCUGGCACACAGCGAGUCGGUGGUGAGCGUCAGCCGGCUGGGCGAGCGGCGAGCGCGCGCGGGGCAGCCCGGCGCCCUCCUGGCCCCGCUCAUGCCCAACGGCUGGCCCAAGGAGCUGGGCAAGGCGAGCCAACACGACCUGGACUCGGGCGUCCUGCCCACGCCGGAGCAGACCCCGCUGCAGCAGAAGCGCUGCCCCGGCACCCUCCAAAACUGCACCUGGGAGCAGAGCCACAACAUCAUCAACGCCGCGCUGCGGGACCCCGGCGCCGCCUCUGCCGCCGCCGCCGGACGGCUCCACGCCGGCCCCGGCCGCCCGGCCCGCGGCAUGCCCCUCUCCUGCCACGCCAUCCUGGUGGACCAGGAGCUGGAGGCCGAACUCAGCGACUCCUCGGGCGACGGGCACUGGGGCCGGGACCCCCCCGAGGGUCCCCGUGCCCGGCAGCACCCCCCUGCCGGCGCCCGCCGCCCGCCCCGCAGCUCCUACGGCGACUUUGCCGGCACGCCGCGCCCCAGCCCCGACCGCCGGCGCGUGGUUUCGGCGCCCGGCGGGGAUGGGGGGGACUUUGCCGAGGGGCCGCCCUGGCACCCCGAGCAGCUGAACUUCAACGCCAACAACGGCACGGGCCGCCCCGGCGCCCACCUCAAGAGGAACCACACAUUUAACAGCGGCGAAGCGCCGGCGGGCGGCUACGGGCGGCACGGCACGGCACCGAGGGCGCCCGGUGCGGGCCCCCCGCGGGCGCUCACGGACCUGCACCACCUCCUGCGCUACGGCGUGGAGCGGACUCCCUCGGGCAAAUAGGGCCCCGCCGCCCGUCCUGGCACCCACGGGCGCUGCCGCCGUGGACGCUUUCCACCGCCACGCCGCGCUGCGGUCCCCCCCCCAGUUCCCUGGGGACGGGGACAAGGUGGCCCAAGGGCAGGAGCGGUGUGCACGGGGAGGGCUGAGAUGCUGCAUGGGGGACGGGUGCGCCCGGGAAGGGUUUGGGGCCGUCCCCAGCUGUCCCCACUGUCCCCGGCUGGCACGGGGCAGUGCCCUGUGCUCCGGUCGCUUUGCUCGGGCUCCGGGUGUCCGUCUGUCCCGUCCCCUCCCCAGGCUGGACCCAGGGACUGCUGCGCCCUGGGGGGGGGAUCCCUGGGAGGCAGCAGGAUGGACACACGGACAUGGGCGCAACUGAGGCAGAGCGAGGCUGUACCCCCGCGCCGCCUCCCCCUCCCCAGAGACCCUCAGCCCGGGCACUCAGGGGGCUUGUGGGUGCAUCCUGGGGACACCCGGACAGGACAGCACCGAGCAGCACCCCCCAGGUCCAAGCCCCCAGCUCCCCCCCUCCUCAAAAGCACUGCUGGGGGCUGGGGGCUGGAGCCGGGGGGGGUUCCCCUGCUCUCACUGGGGCACGGGGGUCCCACUGACCCCACUCUCUGCUGGCAAAGGGUGCCCUUUCGGUGCCGUCCCUGCCCCAGCUGCAGGCAGGAGGGAGAAGGGGGGCGAAAAGGGGGUCAGGACCCCCCCCCCCCAGCCCGGGACUGAGCCGGGUCAGCCCGGUGCUCCCCAGGGGGCUGCGCACAGGGGGCUGCGGGCGCUGCGUGCCCUGGCGGGAGGCCGGCCCGCAGCACUGCCCCUUGCUGUAAAUAGGGUGCCAGGGCACCGCGGGCACCCCGCCGCCCCGGGCCGGCCAUGCAUGCGACAGCGGUAACGUCUCUGUAUAACCCCGGAGCCCCGCAAUAAAUUUCUGUUUACAAGAGGCGAUUCCCUCCCCGCCGCCA